ACUUCAUGUUAUUAUUCCUCUUUUGCUUCUUCACUGUUCCUGAACGUGGAUGAGGACAAGUUAGCUUGUGCCUGGGAGGGCCUGAUUUUAUUCCAGUUAGCAGGAUGCAUCUGGUUGUAGAACCCAUUCAGGAGGCCGUGAUGAAGAUGAUACCAUAUUUUGUGGAAAACGCUGUGUUGACCCAGAGUGAGAUAAACCGCAUCUUGAGUGAGAGCUUCUUCAUGGUAAAAGGUGCUGCUCUCUUCUUGCAGCAGGGAAGCAGUCACCAGGGCCAAAAAGCACAUCCUCAUCACAAACAUGCAGGUGACUUACCUCAACACCUGCAGGUGAUGAUAAACAUUCUUCGCUCAGAGGACAGAAUCAAAUUGGCGGUGCGGCUGGAGAGUGCAUGGUCAGAUCGUGUCCGCUACAUGGUGGUGGUAUACACCAGCGGGCGACAGGACACAGAAGAGAACAUUCUUUUGGGAAUCGACUUCACCAACAAAGACUGUAAAAGCUGUUCAAUCGGCAUGGUGCUACCUCUGUGGAGUGAUACAAAGAUCCAUCUGGAUGGAGACGGGGGCUUUACUGUGAACACAGCCGGUAGAACUCAUGUCUUCAAACCUGUGUCAGUGCAGGCCAUGUGGUCAGCCUUGCAAGUGCUGCACAAGGUUUGUGAGGUGUCACGCAGGUUUAACUACUUCCCUGGAGGCAUGGCUCUCACCUGGAUGGGCUACUACGAGAGCUGCAUUGCCUCAGACCAGAGCUGCAUAAACGAGUGGAACGCCAUGAAAGACUUAGAGACCACACGGCCAGACUCACCCACAAUGUUUGUUGACAAGCCGUCAGAAAGAGAGAGGACAGAGUGCCUUAUUAAAGCCAAACUCCGAAGCAUCAUGACGUGCCAGGACCUGGAGAAUGUCACUUGCAAACAGAUCCGUACAGAGUUGGAGCAGCACAUGAAUUGCAACUUAAAGGAGUAUAAAGAGUUCAUUGACAAUGAAAUGCUACUAAUCCUUGGCCAGAUGGACAAAGCCACUCUCAUCUUUGACCAUGUUUACCUGGGAUCUGAAUGGAAUGCAUCUAAUUUGGAGGAGCUGCAAGAGACAGGGGUGGGCUACAUCCUCAACGUUACCAGGGAAAUAGACAACUUCUUUCCGGGGACGUUCAGUUAUCACAACAUACGUGUUUACGAUGAAGAGGCCACCGACCUACUCGCUCACUGGAACGACACGUACAACUUCAUUAUGAAAGCAAAAAAGAACCACUCCAAGUGUUUGGUUCACUGUAAGAUGGGUGUCAGUCGGUCUGCCUCCACUGUCAUUGCCUAUGCUAUGAAGGAGUAUGGCUGGUCGUUGGAGAAAGCUUACAACUUCGUCAAACAAAAGAGGAAUAUCACACGACCCAACCCAGGUUUCAUGAGACAGCUGGCGGAGUAUGAGGGCAUUUUAGAUGCUAGCAAACAACGUCACAAUAAGCUGUGGCAUCCAGAUGCAGACUGUGAGAUGGCAGAGGGUCAGCAAGGGUUGGCUCAGUCUUGUGGAGGAGAGGAAGGAGGAAACCUGACUCCAGAGCCAGGGAUGUCUCCCUGCUGUGAGGAGGCGUUGUCUGAUAAAGGUGCGGCAUGCCCCUCCUCGUGCAGGACUGUUGCAUUGGAGGUCGACCCAGCCUACAACAACUACUAUUUCCGCCGGCUUUCUGAUUCUGCACUAGACAGUGAACCAUCAACACCCGUGCGAGGCCCACCCCUUCUUGGCAUGGAAAAAGUGUUCAUAGAAAUUGAAGACGUGGAGCGAGAUGCUCUGCUGGAUGAUGAGGCCUUUGAUGGGCGUGAAGGCCUCACAUUCCCCCAUUUUGGACCUGCUGCAGAGGGGACUGCAGCCCAGACUUGCAGUCGUGGCCCUGAGCCACUGGAAGAGCUGCGCUUGAGACUGGAGUUCAGCACAGUGGAAGAGGAAGAUGAGGAGGAUGUACAAAAGGAGGAAGCGGAAAUGGAGGUACUUAUGCAGCCAGAUGAUGGAGGUGGCGGUGAAGGAGGUGGUGAUGAAACACAAGCUGAUGAGGUAGAGGGGGAUACGGAAGUUAUUGGGAUGGACCUGGCAACCCUCAAUGAAAAUUCUAACAACAACAACCACUUCAGCGGUCUGUGCAACGACAAUGAAAAAUCUUCCCCCAUCCUUCUUCCAAGUGAUGCUUUUAAACUGUCUAGCUGGGAUCAGUCUAAAUCCCAGGAGCAAGAAGGUUCUUCAACUUCGACUCCUAAGCUUUGCCUUAACCCCAGCCCCCCUUCUGAAGUCCCAAGUGCUUCAUUCCCACAGUCCAGUCCCUCUUGUGAAGGCCUCAUGUCUUCAAUGGGACUGCUGUACCCCUGUGGCCCUCUGUGUGACUGUGCCAACUGUGCUGCCUGUCUACCCACUGAUCCACUUGAUAGAGAGGAGAAGCCUGGGGAAUCACUGAGUUCAGUGAAGCCUGAGGACAAUUGUGAAUACUUGGAAGUUAAGACUGAGUUUGAUGGCAGCUACUAUCCAGCUGCCUCAGAUGCUCUCCCUCCACUGAUGAGAAUAGAUUUUGGGGAAGUGAAACCUGGAGUGGCUUGUUACCUCGGUCAACAGCAAGAGACCCUUUUACAACUGGGACGAUCUGGGCUGGUCCGCCGUCGUGCAGAGAGACUUGAGAGGCUUUCAGGUUUGUCUCAGGAGACCCUGCACUCUUUGACGCCUUUGCAUGCAUUCCAAAGGUCCAAGAAGAGUUCUUUACAUGGUGAGGAGGAGGAGGAAUUCUCUGGCUUUAUGGGUGACUUCACUAAAACUUCAACACCAUGCCAAGUGCGGCUAGAGCCUCUGGUGGUGCCCCUGACCAAUGAAGCCUUGUUGGGGGUGGCGGGAUCUGGGUUCCUCACACCAACCUCCUCGCCUCAUGGCUCCACCUUAACACGCAGCUCCAGCAGCGACAGUCUGCGCAGCGUUCGGGGGAAACCUGGUCUUGUACGCCAGAGGGCGCAAGAGAUUGAGACCCGAAUGCGGCUGGCAGGGCUGACAGUGCCCUCACGGCUAAAGCGCUCCAACUCGCUGGCCAAGUUGGGCAGCCUCGACUUCUCCUCCGAGGACCUGUGCUCAGCCUGCUCCUCUGACACAGGGACCCUGCUGCUCCUCUCACUGUCUCCAGAGCCAGACACAGGCCUGGAGUGGGACUCCCCCACCACUUCUGCAGGGUCCCGACACUGCAAGGACCUGCACACUCCAGAGGGAGAGCCUCCAUCUGAGCCCAGAAGCUGACAAAUCAAGUGGAGCUUAAAUGUUUAUACACUCCUCUCAAAUACCCAUCUGACUAGGAGGAUGGAGAGAGCUGCACAUAUUUUGGAAACAGGAGAAUUUAGUCCAAGAAAACAAAUGAAAAUAAAAAAUGCCAACUGUUAUAUUAGGAGGGGGCACUCUCCUUUGCCACAUUGUUUCUCAAACUGCUGUUCACAGUGAUUAAAGUCAUAUUGCUGUAUCUGACAAAUAUGUUAAGCCAUGAGUUCAUCUAUAACUUUGUUUGCAUCAUGGACAAACAAGUGCCUUACCCAAGAGACCAGAGGCACAGAGCUGUGUGAUAAACUGCAGGACAAGAUGGUACAAGGCACUCUAUAACCUUUAACCUGCUAUUCAUUGGCACUUACAUUACCUUUACCUGUCAGGUACAAAGUGGUAGCCUGCAUUAAUAAACUUGAAUCCCUAAACAGUUUGAGAGAAACUAAGUGUUAGAUAAAUGUUUAUCACAAGUUUUUUUUAGGGUCGUUAGAUUAAAAGGUUACCUCAUGUUGCAUACAUAGAGCUCUUGCACAGACAAAAACCAGGCCAGAGUUUAAUUCCGUUUCUUUACGAAGAUCAAGAGUGAGGAAAUGAGUUUUUAAUGCAGAAGUGUAUGCUAAUGCAUUAACUGCAGGAAGUGAGUGAAUGGGAUGAAAGGACCGAGAAGGUUUUAACCUUUGCCAGCGACACUGUUUUCAACAAACAGAACAGAAGCUUUUCUGAGUUUGUUGUUUCUUUGCACUGUUUAUUUUUAUUGAGUGAGUACUGGUACACAUCAAGCUAUCUUCCAAAAUAACAUUGCAGUAAUGUUAUUAACCUCAUCUUUCCCUACAUGGUACAAUAUUUACAAUACAAUGUACAAUAAGUACAGACCAUUUACCAUUUAUAUUUUUGGGAGAGCAGUGUGAUGAGGAGUCACUGUGUGGCUUGAAAUCAUAAAAAAAACACCUAGUGCAAGAGUCAAAUCUCAUCAAGUCUGUAUGAGAUUUUCCCAAGCUAAAGUUAGCUGCACAUUUCUGACAUAUAACAUAGAAGAAA